AUGAACCUGGAAGAUAAAAGUGCAGUGGUCGAAUUGGCCUUCGAUUCCGUGAUCUUUGCACCUUCAGUGUGUGGGUCGACGCAGCGGUCAUUGUUUGCACCUGCCUACCUGUUGGGACUGGUGCGCUGUGGUGGUGCUCGCUCCGCCGACGUCUUUCAGAAGGCGAUGACAGACUCAACCGGAAACGCGACCGACAGCAGCGCGGCCAUGGCACACCAGACGAGUGAAGAGGUGAUGGGCUAA